AUGCCUGGCUUCAUCUCUCCGUACCGUGGUGUACGUUAUCACUUAAAGGAACACAUUGGUAGGACACCCAGAAAUAGCAGGGAGUUGUUCAAUUUAAGACACUCUUCUUUACGGUCCAAAAUUGAAUCAACCUUUGGCACAUUGAAGAAUCGGUUCAAAAUUCUGACGGCGAAGCCUAAUUAUCCAUUCCCCACACAAGUGGACAUCGUCUUAGCAUGUACUAUAUUACAUAAUUUCAUUGCAAUUGAAGAUCCACAAGAUGACAUCUUGAAUGAGAAUGUACUAAUUGAUGAGGAGAAUGAUGACAUGACAAACGAAGAUGGUACAAAUGUAGUUGACUUCACUCAAUCUAGGACACAAAGAGAGGAGCGUGAUGCAAGAAAUGAAUGGAAGGAACUUAGGGAUCAAAUUGCAUGGGCAAUGUGGGUUGAUUAUUGCGCAAAAUAUAAAGAAGGCGACACCACAGAAAUUGGCUUGUAG